CGUCACUUUUGUCUCUCUUUCUGACUUCUGAGCUGGUCACCUUCUUCAGCCUCCACUUCCUCUCAUCGUCUCCAUUGCCAUGAAGGAAUUCAUCUAUAUUCUCUCUCUCUCUCCUAAUUAAACUCCUCCAACCCUCCAUGCUUCUCCAAUGGAUGCCCCUCAUUUGCUUCCCGGUUCAAUCCAACCCCCGUCGCUGCCGAGGCCACCGCAAUCCCCGUCGACCUCCUUCUCCAGCUUCCCCAUACUCGUCAUCACCGUUCUAGGCAUGCUCACCACCUCCGUCAUCCUCGUCAGCUACUACCUCUUCGUCGUCAGGUGCCGCCUCAGCUGGCUCCGCCACUCCAGUCUCUUAGCCUCCCGACGCCAUCGCAACCUCCUGCACAUCCCCCCCGUCAUCCACGCCCUCUCCACCGAGUCCCGCGGCCUCGACACAUCCGCCAUUCGCUCCAUCCCCGUCGUCACCUUCUCCGCCGGGGAAAAAAUGGCGUCUUUCCGCGAGUGCGCCAUCUGUUUGAGCGAAUUCCACAGCGAGGAGAGGCUGAAGCUGCUCCCCGGCUGCUCCCACCCCUUCCACAUCGACUGCAUAGACACCUGGCUCCAGUUCAACGCCAACUGCCCACUUUGCAGGUCCGGCGCGGUGAGUUCCAUCGCCGACUCUUCGACCGAGCACAUCGUUGUCCUCGAGCCCCUCCGGGAUCAGCAAGGCGGAAGCUCUAAUGGCCCAACCGAACCGAGCAGCGAAGUAACAGGGGAGACGUCGUCGACGAAUCCUUCGCCGAGAAGGAUAAAGAAAUGGAGGAAGGGGCAGAAGGUAGGGAGCAUGGGGGACGAGUUCGUCGGCGACAGGUGCCGUUGCGAGCAGCCGAUGCGGAGGUCAUUCUCCAUGGACUCGUGCAACGACAGCCAGCUUUAUCUUUCCAUCCAAGAGAUCUUGAGGCAGAGCCGGCGUGGCUCUAAUCAGGCAAGUGGCACUGGAGAAACCAGCAGUAGCGCGGACGGUGGCGGGAGUGGGAGGGUCCGGCGGUCGCUCUUCUCGUUCGGCCGGAGCUCUAGGAGGUCGGUGAUUCCGAUGGAAGAGAUUGACGUGUGACACAAUGAGGAUGAUAGAUCUGGGACACAAAAUCAAGGUAUGAAUGUGCGACCGUAGAUGCAUGGACUUUGAAAUUCGCAAUAUAUUUUCAUUGAUAUAUUGAUGUGAUCGUUUCCCUGAAGCAUUAUUGGAGGGAUGAUGACUGACUGGCAGCAUCAUCGUGUCUCUUCCCGUAAGAGUCAACUUAUUGAAAUUCGUUACACACUUAACACUGGAUGAGAUUGGGAGAGCCAUGUGAAGCU